CAAUUGUCACAACACUUAUGGUUCGUAUCAGUGUUCCUGUAAAACUGGAUUUUCCGGGGAUGGAAAAACAUGCGUAGAUAUUGACGAAUGUGGUGGUUCCAUUCAAGUUUGCGAUGUCAACGCCGGCUGCCAGAAUACAUACGGCUCUCAUAGCUGUUCCUGUAAAACUGGAUUUACUGGGAAUGGAAAAACAUGUACAGCCGACAAUGUAGGAUGGACUCUGAUCGCUCGAUUCUCUAACAAAGACGCCAAGAACUGGAUGGCUGAUAACGGCUAUUGGUGGUACGACAAACAAGUUGCCAUGGGAACAACAAGUAGCACUUCUGCAAACGCAGACAUGAUCUCAACCGCCUUUUGGUUGACCAGCGGAAAUGAGCUUAAAGUUACACGUAGUGACGACGCCAAUCACAUUCCCCUGUUACAGACCACAUGUAACUGUCUGGCCGGACAAACAUUCCGAUCUAAACUCAAAAGUUAUGGUGACUAUAGAAACGGCAAAGUUUGGGCCAGUGAUCAGUGUCUAGGGAACUGUUUGAUUCAAUAUGGCGGACAAUACAAGUCAACAGACGGGUUUCAACAGGCUGAGUGCAGUGGAAACAUCCAAAGCGCUAACAUCAUCGGCUUCUGGUGUGAUUGGAGUUCUGGUGAUGGAGCAGUGAUGAUGAUUGGUGGAGGAGGAAGUAGCUGUUCACGUGCAGAUCACGGGAUUGGAAUCACAGAAGCUAAUGCUGCUUCUUUUGAAGAUGGUGGCACAAAUGAAUAUGACUUUGGUUAUGACGCGAAUCGUGUCCCAUCCCAGUCCUACGCACUGAACUUGUGGAUUCGUUAA